UCCCGGUUCCCUUAUGGGUGUGGUGACGAGAUUGCUGGCGAAAAUCGCUUCUCAGCUCGAGUGAGGGCUGCGCGGCCCUUUAAAUGCGUUUAAAAUCGACUUCCAAUUAAUUGUGCCGCUUUGAAAUUCAUCCGUGCGCUCAUCAACAUGCUAGGGAUCUGAAAGAAGCGGAGUUAGCCCGAACCAGCCUCAUCAGGUCCAGCACGUUCUCGUCUCGGGUGCCGGUCAAACAGGAACAAUGAGUGAGUUGGAACAGUUGCGACAGGAAGCGGAACAGCUUCGCAACCAGAUCCGGGAUGCUAGAAAAGCCUGCAGUGACUCCACACUUUCGCAGAUGACGGCGAGCCUGGACUCAGUGGGGCGGAUACAGAUGAGAACGAGACGCACGCUCAGAGGUCAUCUCGCCAAAAUCUACGCCAUGCACUGGGGCAGCGACUCCAGGCUACUUGUCAGUGCCUCCCAAGAUGGCAAACUGAUCAUAUGGGAUGGUUAUACGACCAACAAGAUGCACGCUAUUCCCCUGCGCUCCUCUUGGGUCAUGACCUGUGCCUACGCCCCGUCGGGGAACUACGUGGCCUGCGGAGGCCUGGACAACAUCUGCUCCACCUACAGCCUGAAAACCCGCGAGGGCAACGUCAGGGUCAACCGAGAGCUGGCUGGACACACAGGCUAUCUGUCUUGCUGUCGUUUUCUUGAUGACAAUCAGAUCAUCACCAGCUCCGGUGACACCACAUGUGCAUUGUGGGACAUUGAGACAGGCCAGCAGACCACCAGUUUCACGGGACACUCGGGUGAUGUCAUGAGUCUGUCGGUCAGUCCCGAUUUAAAGACGUUCGUGUCAGGAGCCUGCGACGCUUCUGCUAAACUGUGGGACAUCAGAGACGGGAUGUGCAGGCAGUCCUUCACCGGCCACGUCUCGGAUAUAAAUGCCGUCUGCUUCUUUCCGAAUGGAAAUGCCUUCACGACGGGUUCAGACGACGCCACCUGCAGGCUGUUUGACCUGCGCGCGGAUCAGGAGCUCAUGAUGUAUUCUCACGACAACAUCAUCUGUGGAAUCACCUCCGUGGCCUUCUCCAAGAGUGGACGCCUCCCUUUAAAAGGCGAACGUGCAGGUGUCCUGGCCGGUCAUGACAACCGAGUGAGCUGUUUAGGAGUACCUGAUGACGGGAUGGCUGUGGCCACGGGAUCAUGGGACAGUUUCCUUCGGAUCUGGAACUGAGAAUGAUAUUAAAAUCUCCGGCUCCUGUUUCCUCCGGUCCCAUUUCUCCGUCUUUCCACAGCAGUUCCUCUGUAUUCCAGUUAUUACACAUGAUUUUGAGUAAGUAGUUCAAUCCCGUGGAGAAGCCAAUCAUCACUGCAGGCCACAGGAAUUAUAGGAAGAGAUUAUUAAAGUGUCAUUGUGUAAUAUGUAAAUAUACAUGUAUAUGAAUAUAGAUAUGGUAUAUAUGUACAGCAUUACGUGUAUGUAUAUACCAUAUAGUAUAUACAUACAUAGUGUUCAUGUAUAUAUUUUUCUAGUUGAUCAUUGGCCCAUGACAUUUUUAUUAAUCUUUCACUUUUUGUAUUUUGUUGUUUGUUUGUUGUACAUAGAAAACAACGCUAAACUAAAUGGAACGUCGCAAACAGUCUGUAUUACAAAAAAAAAAAAUUGUGAAUUUACGGAGGUUUUCGUGCAUUGGAAAACAAAAGCAUAAAACACAUUGUGUUUUUAUGCAGAUGACCUCUGGACGUUUUUUUUUGGGGUUUGUUUUUUUUACACGCCACUAAAUCAAUCAUCAUUUAUUGGUGCUUGAGGGUGUUUGGAAAGAAAGCACUGAAUUUUCUCGCAGCCUUGCGAUCGAAUGUUUAACUCGAAGCAUUUUGAUGCCUUGUUUUUAGAAAUCUUGCUUUUGAUUGCAAACGAAAUUCAUAUUCGAUCUGCCCUUGAACUUUAGCCUUAAAUACUAGUGAUCAAAACAGAACUAAUCCUAGUAUAUAAAUCCCUAUUCUUGGUGCUCACAAAGAAAACUGUGCUUUGAAUGAAUCCAUAACACUUGCUUUUUCUAUUUUCUUUUCAUUAGAAAUGGCCACAAACCCUCCUCUUAAAUUGAAGUGUUAUAAAGAUGGAACGUAUUGGAAACAGUAUAUAUACUUUUUUUGUUUUUGGUGUUCAUUAAGCGUCGUUUGAAUGCUGAGACAAGUUUUUUCAUCUUGUAAAUGUGUGCAAACAGGUGGAAAUGAAGAACACUACCUGGUCAGGAUGGUUAAACUUCUCACCGAGUCACUAUAUUUGGCUUAAUUUUUCUAUGAAUCAAAAAUCGUAGAUCAUAGCGAUGAAGCCGUUUACUCACGUUCGCCAUAUUUAUGUGCCAUUGGUUCUGACAGUAUGCCUGUGUUUGCUGCGGUUGCCAGAUUUAAUAAGCCUGAUUAAAACAGUGAUAUUUGUGCCAUUGUUAACGCCUCAUUUAACUGUGAAAAGCAUUUCGAACCUUUCUUUUACGUCGCCUUUUUAUAUUAAAGGGAAUCGGAAAGCAGCUUGAAAUUAUCAAAACACGUAUUUUUCUUUCUGAGAAGUCCUUUUACAGUAUGAAGAUGCUUUGUAGCAUAAAUAAAAACCCUUUCACUGCUCCAUAAAUGAAUUGAUUUUAGUUUGUUUCUUUGAGUUUUAUGAUGAUUAACUGUGAAAGGGAACGUCUUUGGUAAUAAUGCCUCAUUUUGAAUUCAGUUCGAACCGGAAUCAUGCUGGUGUUGUUAGAUUUAAGUCGGAUUUCUAUUGUUGGUACUGUAGAGGUUGCCAGAUUGUCGAUCCGUGAUUCUUUUUGUGGUUGUUUUAUUAUAAUCAUGUUGAAGAUUUUAGUGGUUGGUUCUGGAUCAGCUGAAUUUGCAGUUUUAGCACACAGCUGCCAUAAGAGCGGCUGAAAUGCUGAUGUUUCAGAGCUUUAAUGAAUACCAUGAAUGACUUUUCCAAAUGUGUUUAGGUUUUUUUUUAAUGCAUGAUUUCCAAACCACUCAAACUCCGCAACGAAAGAGCAUUUUAGUAUUACAGUGCAUGUUAGAUCCCCAAUGUUUUAAGUAUUCAUGAUAUACUUGUGGCUCGAUUUUGUAAGCUUGAUUAUCCAUUUCUUUUUCUUUUGAGCCAAUAAAACCAGGAGUGUUUUGCCUUGUGUACUUUCACGGUGCCAUAUUUUCAAAUAAUCAUUUUUAGUAACAUUUUUGUUUCUCAACUUUUUUUUGGUAUUUGUAAAGUAACAUGGUGUUAAUGCUGCCAUACACUGAUAUUGUAACCAAUAAAAAGACUUUUAACCAUA